AUGGACGAAGAAACCUCAUUUACGGCCGAUGAUAAUGGUGCAAAUGAUUUCAGUCGGACCGAUAACGAUCCUAGUAAUGAAGAUGAUAACAGCAGCGACAACGAUUCGUGGUCAUCAUAUGAUAUCUUACCUUCAGAGGAUGUUGCAAAUAAUGAACAUGGUGCAAAAAGUGAAAAUGAGGGCUCAGAUGGUCCUGAUGGUGGUGAUGACGAAGCAGAGAUUGACAUUGAGGAAGCUCAAUACCACCAGCAGAAGUUGGAGACACAUUGGAAGGUCAUGGCUAUGACUUUUCGGUCACAAAGGGAUGCAUACACAUUCUACAACAAGCAUGCCAAAGAACAUGGGUUCAGCAUUAGGAGAGAGAAGACGGAUUGGAGAUUGCACGAGGGCAGAGAUACUGGCUAUGCAAGGGGCUGGAAUCAGGAAAAAAUGAAGCUCAUUGCAAAGGGUGAUGUUGAGACGGCAGUGGGCAUUAUGAGGAGCAGAAAGGCGAAGGACCCAGACUUCUUCUUCGAGUACAAGCUAGAUAAGGAAGGGCGGUUGAAGAGUAUGUUCUGGUGCGAUGCACAGUCGCGGAGGGACUAUCAGGACUACGGAGAUGUGGUCGUGUUUGACAGCACGUAUAAGAUGAACAUAUAUGGUAUGCCGUUCGUCCCCUUCGUCGGUGUUAAUAACCACCGUUGCACAACAGUUUUUUGGAGGCACCUACAUUACAAGUCACUGGAUGAGUUUAGAUCGCUCCUGUACUAUGCCACCUCUGAAGAGAACUUUGAGGAGAGAUGGACCGCCUUUGUCAAUAAAUGGAAGACGGAUAAAACUGAAGAGUGGCUGAGGAGGAUGUAUAGGAAGAGGAGAAUGUGGGCAGCAUCAUAUCUUUCGGAUGGCUUUUUUCAUGGUAUGCGUAGUAACCAGAGGAGCGAAAGCCCCAACUCCUCCCUUCACCUGCACCUCAACUAUGGAAUGACCAUAGUUGAUUUGGUAGUGCAUUAUGAGAACUACGUAGUUCACUUCUGUGGGAACGAGGCGAAUGAUGACUGUGAGGCCAAUCAGAAAGUACCACCGGUGGUUACUGAAUAUAAGGACAUUGAGGAGCAUGCUGCCAAAAAGAUGGGAGAACUGGAGAUAUUUGAGACGCUAGUGGGAAUUGAGCGCCAGACCUUCAUCGUCACAUGGCUGAAUAACCACAAGUUCAGGUAUAAUGUUGUGUAUGAACCUGGGGCGUAG